GAAUUAUUCACCCCCUACACUACAGCAGUGCAGCAUAUAACGCUUUAUAUCUCCCCAUCACUGCGGAGGAAAAGUGCAGCACCCGCCCAUUAACUCUCUAGUAGUUUUCCCCGCCGCUGCAGUAGGAAUAACGGACCGCUACCCUGUCGUUCUAAUCUCUAAAAAAGAAAAAAAAGGACACGCUUUACGUAGCUGAACAAACGGGAGAGCACCGCUGACUGCAAAGUCGAACCACCCAUUGCGGCAGCAUGGGCAUUGAUAGCGAGGAACCCGCGCCACCAGAUGGCGGUCUCACAGUGAAGCAGGUGGAUGCAUUCCAGAAAGGGGAGCCCAAAACGUUAGGGGGUAUACAAAUCAUCAUUGCUGCGCUGACACUUUGCCUGAGCGUGACACUACUGCACCAAGAGAUUCACUUCACUGGGGAUAUUAAAACCCUCUUUGUGGUCGUGGUGCAGUUCAUCCUCUCUGGUGCGGCUUUUGUACAUGCUGGAAGGAAGCCAUCACUGUUUUGGGUGAAAGCCACCCUGGUGUUGAACCUUGUGAGCGCGGCUUUUGCGACUGCAGCCCUGGGGCUCCUGUCCAAGCACCUGCCUUACCGCCAGGACUCUUACCACUGCGAGCUGUGUAGGAGGCUGGAGUACGCCACCGUGCUCCUGAUAGAUGGCAUUGUGGGCACUCUGGUUCUGUUCCUGGUGCUGGAGCUGCUGAUCUGUAUCACAGCCAUGCUUUUUGGCCUCAACGUCCUGGCUAAUGGUGCCCUCCAGCUGGCUGUCAGCAGCCAGCCUGUGUCCAGACCCCAAUCCCAGCCUGUGGAGCCCCCCUCACAGCCUGCUGAACCCCAGGUGGCCACUGGCACUCAGAUCCGCUCAAGCCCCCCGGCCCAAGUCCCUCCCUCAAAUGCUGCCACACCCCCACCUGUGAUAGAGGUCACUCAGCCCUGAGGAUUGUUGCCAUUACACCAUUUGUUUAGCCAUCGGUGGAGACUGUGUGUAUUUUGGUGUGGGGAUGGGGGCAUAUUUUACUGGGACAGGAAGUAAGCAAUCAGUUUCAAAUCAAGCAUGUGCCUAGUACUGAUAUUAUUAGAUGUAACAAGAAACACAUUAGACAUUUCAUUGGAGAUGGAAUUCAGAGAAACUAAGAGGAAUUUUGCUGAUAAUUUACCAGGGCUGGAGGUAAACAAGUUGAAAGUUGUGUGAAACAGAAAUUCAGGUUGGAACAGAAAUAAAGCAGGCAUACCAACAAGACUGGGGAACUGACAGGGAACACUAUCAGUGCCAAAAAUAAUUGAAUUUGUAUUUUACAACUUGAAGUACUUAAUGCAUUAACUGAAUCUGACUUAUUUAAAACAUUAAAUGCUAAGUACAAUUCAUUACACUUGAUUGAGAUCCAGUUCUUUUUGGCACUGAAAUCACUGCAUAAAUUGACCUCCACUGGUGUUUGUGUGCUCUACUUUUGCCUUUGUGUUGGUGUUAUAUCACUUUCUGAUUCAAAUGCACUUGUCCCUAAUAAUCAGACAAGGGGUGUGUCCAGGGCCAAACCAUGGUAUUUUGUUACUUGAGAAAGCUUUAAAAUGAAUGAUAUCAUUGUUCUCAUUCAGUCCACUUGUGAUAUAGAGCAUUGUGAUGUAAGGAGCAAAUCUACAUAUGUAAUUAAAAAUAUCAAGCAUAUUUCGUUUUACCUCAUGUCUGAAUGAAUGCCAUAAUCAGAUGGUACCCUCUGGUCUACAGAAAAGCAGCACAUUUUCUGAAGGUCGCAAAUAAUGCUCACAAAAUGGCUUCAGCUAAGGACUACGCAUAGGGAUGCAUUACUAGCGUCCCCCUGAACUUCGUAUAAGAUUCAUCUAACAGUGUAAUUUCUGUUUCUGCAUACACCUAUGACAGCCUUUGGUCAGUUUCCACUUUAUUUUUAAACCAGGUUAAUGAUUUAAAGUCUCUGUUCAUUUAGUAUACUGUGCACAAGCUUUUUUAAUCAACAGGAAACCUUACCCAACUGGCUGCAAACAUAGCAGUUUUUUGUCCAUGCACCUGAAUACUACAGCAUAGCAGUUUAGCCACAUGUGACAUGAGGACAAGCAGGUUUGGCUUUCUUGCAGCACACAGCAGCAGCAAGCAGGCCUCGCCUUACUUUAGCCUUUGAGAAGCUAAAGCUAUAUUGUUUCAUGUAGUCAUUGUAGAUACAGUACAGUCAGUCAGAAAUAUCACUGAAACCACGGUACCAUAUUCUGUACUAUCAUGCUAAGGAAACUGUUCAUUUAUGACCUAUACUGCUCAAAGGGAACUCCCAUUGAAGAAAAAGGAUUACGGUUAUUAUUAUGGGUUUUGAAUCUGUGUGGAAUAAACAAUAAGUCUACAUACAGUAUAACGUCCCCAGGCAGUAUGUAACUAUGUGUGUGUGUUUUUUUUUUUAAUCUGACGAGGGUAAACAGAGCAUUUUUCACAAAAAAGCUUUGUAAAACUGAUGAGCAGAAUACUGUGGAAUGCCCCUGGAAUCCUCAUGUUUAUUCUCCCUUCUUACCUUUGCUGCACUCUCUGCUCUUUUUGCAAUUUCUACCGAAAUUCCUUCCACUGUACAAGUGCAUACAUAAAAUGCUGGUUGUUUUGGUGUAACUGCAUGCAUGCACUCAUAAUGUAAAAUAUCCACUAGAUGGCAGUAUCUGAUAAAACCUGUGUUAAAAUGGGAACAGGUUUUGUUUGACCAAAUGGUGUAGUUGCCUCACUCAUAUUCUUGUCCAUUGUGC